GACCAAAUCAAGUUAUAUAUAAUACAUUUAUAAAUCAUACAAUUGCAUAUAGUUUAAUUCACUGGGGGGAAAAAAUCUGAAAAAAAUGUUGACAGGGACAAGCCGUUAUUCCAUAUGCUUCCAAUAUUUCCAGAUUAUUUGUACUGGUAGUAGUGAAAAAUAAGCCAGCAUUACUUAAAGUUUAAUCUUGUGCUUAACUAGUGUUAAUCACCUACAAUUUGAAUGAAAACAGAAGAUACCUACUGUAUGCAUUGCAUUCCUCUAUGCCACCAUUAUUUAAGAUCCUCUGCUUAUAACAACUGAACAAUGCACAAUUAUUUUAUCUUCAUAUUAGGCGCCACUUUGCUCCAAGAUUACCCUGGUUUCUGAAACACCACUCCACUCUGUUCUCAUUUUCCAGAGUUCUUAAUCUUCCUUGAGGUUCGUAUUGAUGUAGUCACUAAUAGGAUUGUGAGUAUUAAUUUGGAAAUACAUGCUUGUUGGCUACUGGUAGAAGAGCGACCUUGCAUGUCAACUAAGCAGUCCCAGAAAUGCUUUCAUCUAAUCUAUGGCUGCUAUUCUAACACAACAGGCUGAAAAGAUCUCUGUGUCUAUGGGAUGCUGAUUCCCCUCCGGAGAUCACUGAGGACACCAUGGCAGUGACUUUCAAAACAAUGCUAGGUCGGGUCAAGGAUGUUUGCAAAAGGAAUGGUUUACUUAUUCUCUCAGUGUUAUCUGUCAUAGUGGGAUGUCUUCUUGGAUUCUUUCUGAGGACAAGGCGCCUUUCUCCCCAGGAAAUUAGUUAUUUUCAAUUUCCUGGAGAAUUAUUGAUGAGAAUGUUGAAAAUGUUGAUUCUGCCUCUGGUUGUUUCAAGCCUGAUGUCAGGACUAGCAGCUCUGGAUGCUAAAACAUCUAGUCGAUUAGGCAUCAUUACAGUUACUUACUACCUGUGGACUACAUUUGUGGCUGUGAUUGUGGGAAUCAUUAUGGUCUCUAUUAUCCAUCCUGGUGGGGCAGCCCAGAAGGAAGACACCGAAGAAGGUGCGAAGCCAAUAAUGAGUUCUGCAGAUGCAUUGCUGGAUCUAAUUCGGAAUAUGUUUCCUGCCAACCUUGUGGAAGCCACUUUUAAACAGUAUCGAACCAAAACCAUUCCAAUUGUCAAAGUGAGCAAAACAUCAUCUGAAAGUAUUACUCGUCGAAUUAUAAUCUAUGGUGUGCAAGAUGAAAAUGGAUCCAACAUCCAGAAUUUUGCUUUGGAUAUUACACCACCACCAGAAGUGAUUUAUAAAUCAGAGCCAGGAACUAGUGAAGGCAUGAAUGUGUUGGGAAUUGUAAUAUUCUCUGCUACCAUGGGUAUAAUGCUGGGCAGAAUGGGUACCAGUGGAGUUCCCUUGGUCAGUUUUUGCCAGUGUUUAAAUGAAUCAGUCAUGAAGAUAGUGGCUGUGACUGUAUGGUAUUUUCCAUUUGGAAUAGUGUUUCUUAUUGCUGGUAAGAUUUUGGAAAUGGAUGAUCCCACAACCAUUGGGAAGAAACUAGGAUUUUAUGCUGUUACCGUACUUUGUGGACUAGUUGUUCACGGACUUGUUAUUCUGCCAAUGAUGUAUUUCUUCAUCACCAAGAAGAAUCCCAUUGUCUUUAUCAGAGGCAUUCUUCAAGCACUGCUUAUAGCUCUGGCCACAUCAUCCAGUUCAGCCACUUUGCCUAUAACUUUCAAGUGCUUAUUAGAGAAUAAUCAUGUGGACCGGAGGGUUGCUAGGUUUGUGCUCCCAGUAGGGGCUACCAUCAACAUGGACGGAACAGCCUUAUAUGAAGCAGUAGCAGCUAUUUUCAUUGCCCAAGUAAACAACUAUGAGCUGGAUUUUGGACAGAUCAUCACCAUAAGCAUUACGGCAACAGCUGCCAGCAUAGGAGCUGCUGGAAUCCCACAGGCUGGCCUUGUGACCAUGGUCAUCGUUUUGACAUCAGUCGGGUUGCCUACAGAUGACAUCACUCUAAUAAUUGCUGUUGAUUGGGCUCUAGACAGAUUUCGGACAAUGAUCAAUGUUUUGGGUGAUGCUCUUGCUACUGGAAUAAUGGCGCAUAUUUGCAGAAAAGAAUUCACUGCAGAAAGAUCUGAGGUGCCUUUGAUUGGAGAAACAAAACCUGUUAGUAUCCGCAAAAUUAUUGCUUAUCAGAAGAAUGGCUGUGUGAAGUCCGUGAAUAAAAUGUGUGGACCUGAACCAAUCAAAACAACACUGCAUCACUUACCUAUCCAAAUGGAACAAGAAGAGAAUCACUCAGAAUGUUACACAGAGAAAUCCAACAAUAAAGACCACUGUACUAUUGAAAUCAAUGAAUUGGAAACAAAUGUGUAAUGUACAGUUAAUCCUAAAAGUCUCUGAAAACAAAAGAAUAUCCUGUAAAUGAGGUUGGGACAUGGCCUGCUCGUUCAAUGGCAAGGCAUGAAAUGACUGUUAUUCCUGAACUGAGGUUAUAAAAUAGCUGUGGACACCUGUGAAGACAGAAGGCUUCAUGGAAGAUGGGUUCCAUUGGUCGGUUGGGUUAGUAGAAAGGAAUUAAUCACUGGACAAAUGUUGUUUACAGAUAUGGUGAUGUUUUUAAGAAGAAACCUUCUGAUCCAUUGAACUGAUUUCUACUAAAUCACCCUGUCUUCUGUUUUUCUAAUCAAAAUGAAUAUUCCAGAAAUUCAUUAAUGUUCUAUUCUUAGUUUUAAAUGUAUUACUAACUAAUGGAUUAAAACUAAAUUGUGGAUGGGAUCAAGUCCUGGUUACUGAGCCUGAGUUAUGUGAAAUAAAGUAUUGUUAUUAAUCUGCUGAUUUGGAUACAUUGUGAUCAUAAGCAGUGGUUAGUUUCUAAUGGAAAUUAGUCUGGUUUCCUACAGUUGCAUAGAUGAAGGUGGAGUGAACAGUGCAUGAAUUCAGUGGCCUUGAGAGGUCAUUAAACUGGUGUUACGUGCAACCUGGGUUGAAAUUGUUUAACAAGUCAUUCUUGUUUGCAGCUUCAUUCUGCAUUCUUCAAUGUUCUGAGUGAAUAUUGUAGUAGCUUUCUGGUUGUAAUCCAAAAUAAUGUUUUUAAUUUAUAACAUCCUAUAUGGCUUGACACUUAAGUAUCUUUGAGACUGCCUCCUUCAACCAGGUGAGACCUUUAUGUUCCAGGAGAAACUGUUAAUACUGUUAAUCCCCAACACCACUUUGGGAGGGGAGGGGAAUUAAGACCCAGGGUGUUGUUUCUCUAUGAUGGUCCCUGUUAUAUAGAAUGGCUGUCCUGAAAAAAGAUUGGCGCCAUCAAUAAAAGCCUUUUAAAAGCUAGUUAAAAUCUAGAAGCUUGUUAAAAUUGGGGGAUUUGGGAUGAAUUGUGAUAGAACUGGAGCUCUUAGAUAAUUCUAAUUUUAAUGUAACUUAAGUUUAAUUUUAAGUUACUAUGGAAGUUUUAGUGUUGCAUUUUACAAUUUUUAUGAAUCCUCCAAGAGUUUCUUGAAGUGGCACUAUAUAAAUUUAAGGAAUGAAUGAAUAGACCAAUGUGAUUUUUAUAUCCACCACCACAUGCAUUUCAAAUAGUCAAUUUCUAAUAGUAGUUUCGAUGGACUUUUGACUAUGAUGGUAGCAACAUCAAUGAUCAUGUAUAGAAAUCCCAUUGUAUAUUAAAGAUUCUCAGAGCCCUUUUAUUUUUAUUUUGCAUUAUUUGGAGAGAUAAAUUGCAACUAAUACUGUUUGUUACAUAUUAUUUUCUAAGGUUUACAAUGUAUAUAUUAUAAUAGUAUAUUUUUGAACUGAGAAGAAUUAUGUUUUGUUUAAUGAGGUGAUAGAGCAGGGGAGUUUUAUUUUUAAGAUCCCUAAAAAUAAAGUAUCAAGCCCCAUUCUAAACUUUCCCUAUCAUAUUAGCCUCCUAAGUAGUUCCUUAUAUUUUGCAUCUCUUUUGGUUCCACUUCUAACUUGGUAAAAUCCACAGUGACUAAAUUUGUGUUUUUCAACUGUUGCAACUUUAAGAUGUACAGGUACGGGAUGCUGGCUGGAGAAUUCUAGGAUUUGAAGUCCACACAUCUUAAAAUUGACACGGUUGGGGGGAAAAACUGGUCUAAUUAUAAAAAUUCCUAACCAAAAUAACUGGUGCUAAAAAGGCUAUACAAUGUUCUGUAAUCUAUAUAGCUUCUAUGUGUGAUAGUUUGGCCCCUUGUGGUCUGAGUAAAUAUAACUUAUAAUUUAGCAUAUGCAAUUGUGGCACAAUUUCAUUGUAAUGAUAUAUUCAGAUGAAUAAUGUUUCUAUGAUUGCUGUCUAUAAAUGCAAAUGAUUGAACUUGCUCCCACCCCCCUACACACACAAAUAUGCUAUGUAAGGUAUCUUGGAUGACUUUCUUCAGAGCCAGUUCAAAGCUUCAACUCUAUCGUCUUGUACUUUUAAUUUGGAAAUGGCUUCCAUUUGGAGCAGUUUAAAGCAAGUCUGAGACAAGAAGCAAAGUUCUGACUUUUGAAUUGCUGCACCACUCUUACAGCCCAUUAGAUGGAAGGAGAUAGAGGGAAUUAGUGCUUUUAUAGCUUUAAUACUUGGGCUAAAAGUUUGAAUUUUUCACAAAAAAGACUAACGUUGAAGAGUCAGUUACAAAGCUCAUUUCCUGAAAGUGAACCAAAUAUUGUCAUUCAUGACCCAAAAAUAUUGGGAUAACAAAAUAGAGGAACAUGGUGUUUAUCACCAGUGAUGUUUGCAAGGGAAAAUAAAAUAGCAUGCAAUCAGUUUAGAUUUUGGCAGCUGUGGCUUAUAGGACGAGGUAUAUCUGCCAAUUUUUUAACUUGUUUCAUUCAUAUAUAUAUAUAUAUAAUUUGCGUGUGUGUAU